GAACAAACUCAACAGCUGAUAUUGUAAACAUGGCGAAGUUGACUCAUGCUGUGUGGGGUCUAUCUUCAAACUUUGCAGCAAAUCGGUAUUUUUCUCGAUUAUUGACACCUUGGUAUAAUAUAUCUAAAACAUCAUCUCAAGAGGUGUCAACAAAUACUGCAGUUAAAGCUGAAGAUGCUUUAAUUAUCAGUGAGAGUUGCGUAAAACGCUUGAAGGAAAUAGCAAGCAAUGGCGCAUGUUUGAGAGUUACAGUGGAAGGUGGUGGUUGUUCCGGAUUUCAAUACAAAUUUGAUUUAGAUUCAAAUAUACAAGAGGAUGACAAAAUAUUUCACAAAGAUGGUACUAAAGUAAUUAUAGACUCAACAUCAUUAGAAUAUGUAAAGGGAUCAACAAUAGAAUUCCACACAGAAUUGAUACGAUCCGCCUUUAGGAUAACGAAUAAUCCAUUAGCUGAACAGGGAUGUAGUUGUGGUGCUAGCUUUGCUAUUAAAAUGGUAUAAAUAAUUAUACAUAUAUUUAUUUAUAUCACUAAUAAGAGUUAGUUUAUAACCUAAUGUGGAUUUAAAUUUUAAAUCAUGUUACUGAGAAGAUCAAUUAUAGUUUAUUUAUAUAAUUAAUACACAAAGCAAUACAUACAAUUGCUUUGGUGAAUAUACAUUAAUUUUAUCACAACACCUACUAUAAACAGUAGCUGUACAUAUUUCUUAUAUCUCUUUUAAUACAAUAAAGAAUAGUUUACAAUUGCAGGUGUCGUUUUAUACAUGCCUGUUUUAUAUAAGUGAUACAAAAAAAUAUUUUUAUGUUAUAUAGCUUUUUAUCAUUAUUAAUAAUUUAAUUUGUAUAAAUUAUCCUAUAUCGAGUUGGUUAUUGUGUAAAUAAGUAUGAGGAAAUAAGAAUAAUCGUUGCAUAUGUAUAACAUAGAAGAAAAAUUAGACUUAUAACAUAAGCAUUUUUAUAAAAAAAACAUUGUCGAUAAAUUUUUAUUUUGAUUUCAUAAAUAAUAAUAACAUUAAGUUAGAGAGCUCUUUAUCGUGCGAGCUAAAGAUAUAAAGUAUGCACAAAAAUUUAUAAAUUGCUCUAGCAGAUACGAACUGUGUAUAUAUAUAUAUAUAUACACACACAUGAUAAAUUAUAUUUAUCAACGAUCACGAUUAAAUCAUACUGAUGGAAUGUCAAUGAUUGUUCUUUGCAAUUCUGAUCUGGAUCACUUUUGUUUUCCUUUCUUACUAUUCUGAAAAAUUAUAUCUUUGAUUAAA